CUAGAUGGAGCGACAGGUCUCAGGCCUUCAGGCGGAGCGGCGCGGGCGCCGGACCCCCAGGUGGAGCGACAGGUCUCGGGCCCUCAGGCGGAGCGGCGGGCGCCGGACCACCAGGUGGAGCGACAGGUCUCGGGCCCUCAGGCGGAGCGGCGGGCGCCGGACCCCCAGACGGAGCGACAGGUCUCGGGCCCUCAGGCGGAGCGGCGGGCGCCGGACCCCCAGGCGGAGCGACAGGUCUUGGGCCCUCAGGCGGAGCGACAGGUCUCAGGCCCCCAGGCGGGGCGGCGGGCGCCGGACCCCCAGGCGGAGCGACAGGUCUCGGGCCCCCAGGCGAAGCGGCGGGCACCGAGUCACCAGGCACGACAGUGGGCUCCGAGUCAACUGGCAUGACCGCUGGCACUGGGUCAGACAUUGGAUCGUCUGGCUGGACAGCGGGCAUCGGGUCACCAGGCUGGACAGCGGGCAUCGGGUCACCAGG